AUGACGAUUGAUAUCCACUUUUUGUGUCCCCCAAGUUUUGUGCUUGUUCCCGUUGAGCUCAUUAUCCUACACAUUUUCCAUCUGGCGCCUACACUCAACCCCGAGCCCUUAGCUCUCUCGACGACGACAAUUCCAGCGAUGACGACGACACCCACACCUCAACUUCCAACAUUAGGGAUACCAUCAGCAACAACGUUGAGAGCACCUUCUCGCCCCUUCCCGAUAGGGUCCCCCAUCAUCCUGCUCUGCGUGCCAGUCCUUGAAUGCAUGAACCUCUCUGCAAAAGACAAGAAUGGUCUUAGGGAUCCGUUCGUUAUCGUCUCGCUGCUCGGGGACAGAUACCAAACCCCUGUUGUCAAGAAGUGCUUGAGCACCGUGUAUGCGCCGAAAGAUGCGACGUUCGAUUUUCCCAUAUACCUGUCUCUCCCCAACCACGCCGCCGUCUCGGUCAUCUCACCUCACCUCACUUCGCGCUCGCUGUCCCCCCUCCUCGCUCACUCGCCUCUCGCCACCAUCUCGCCUCUUGCCCACUUUCAUUACCACCGCCGUCGCCCACUUACCCACCCUCUUACGCUAUCGUCUCGUGCAGGGAGACGAUGA